GUGAUGCCGCCAAAUUGAAAGACAGGUACGGCGGUUGCUAUAGCAGCCUUUUACAACACAGAGCGCGUAAAGAUGGAGUACAGCACAGCAGCUCGUUUCCACGAUUCUGUAAUACAGUUUAAAGUCUACGAAGAUUACCUUGACUCCAAAGUCACGCCAAUGGAUUUAUUUUACUUAAAAAGCAGGGAGUUGGCCCGUAAGCUGGUGGAACACGGCCACAAGGGCACAGUCCUGAGCAGGAAGGAAUUUGAGGAGAAGAAAGCAGCUGCGCAGGCUGCAGAGGCUGCAAAGAGCGACAGUUUCUAUAGCAGAAGCCGGCCAAUGACACUGGCAAGUGCAGGAAAAGAACUCAAAGAUAACUUCCUGAAAGCCCUGGCAGAGCGAGAGGAGGCCAACCGCAGUGGGAAAAUGACUUCGGUCAUUUUCAUAAGGGAUCAUAAUGCUCUUGGACAGGAAGUAUCUGGCUAUAUAGACUACGCCCACAGACUCAAGACCCAAGAUUUCGAACCAUAUUUCAGUGGAAAGAAGAGGCUCAUGCCAGGGCGCUCGGAUUUAUGCUACUACAACUGGAAGACACAGGUGUCAACCUCCAACUCGAGCCCUAACUUUGAGGUGAUUUAUGACGACCCUAACGGCCUUCUCUUUAAGAACAAGAGGGACAAAAAGAUCCUGAAUGUGGACCCCUUGUCUGGUCCUGGUGAGGACUCCAACAGGACCUUCCUACAGUCGGAUCUCUACAUCCAUGUCGUCAUCUAUGACCACAACAUCAGGACAGUCUAAGCUUCAGAGGCUGCUGCCAACACAUUUUACAUAUGGCACAUAUUGGAGAGCGCUGCAAGCCUCUAAUUUGACCGCGUUGCUGUACAGUAGUUGCACCAUAAUUUACAAACUGUUGCCCUCAUAUCAUACAUGCCAUCUGGGUGGAGGUGCUGCAGUGAAAAAUGGCUUUAAACUAAGGAUUCCCAGAGGCAAGAGGAUGGACCAGUGUGACAACUUUGACGAUUCCUUGCUAAUAACUUGAGAUUUGAUGUGUCAGAUUUCCCACCUAUGAAGUUACAAAUAACAUAGUUUUACUAUUAAGUUCUUUGGCCUUCUUUAUUCCAUUUAGUAAAUACCCAGUUUGACUGAGUUUUUUUGCUAUUCCCGGAGGGAAGGGAACCUGCUCGGGGACCCUGGGUUUGUCCCAUCGUUUGGCCUAGCAUGUUUUGGGCUGUUUGUCUAAACAAAUUAAAGGCGUAGGAGCUUUGAAAGAUGACGGGGGUUGCUUUUAUGUUCCCCCCUAGGCUGCGGUAGCUCCAAUUGGACUGGAAGAAUGGUUAAUGGGCUUAAAGCAUUCCGCAUGUUCCCAGAUGCAAGGCACACUUUGCAGGACAUCAAAGUGCUCUAUUAUUUACAUAUUAGUCAUUCACAAUGGUAUUUUUUCAAAUGGAAGACAACUUUACAAAUAACCUGCUUUAGAAAUGAUUUAGGAAGUACAGAAGACGUUUUGCAACUUCUUCCCUUUUAAUUACUGGAUUUACACUUUUUUGCAUUUUUUUAAUGAAACACAUGUUCAGUCCCACUACAAGUAACAUUAUCUAUGUCUAUUAGCUGUGAACAACAAAUUACAGGGACUGUUUUUAAUAAAUUCAUUUCCUGUAGACUUUGCAGACACUUAUUUAGGGGGAAACAGUUAUACCAUUUAGUCAAAAGGAUACAUCCUGCACAUGUACCAGCUUUGUGGAGGUGUUAAUCUAUAGUCCUAACCAUGGAGCACAGUAUCCGCUUUUAUUCUUGCAUCAACUUUUCACUCGCCAAUGCACUUUUCCCCCCAUUCUUUUAAUUACUUUUCAAAACCCUGUUGCUUUUGAAGAGAUAGAUGAGAGGAUGGCUCUCUCAUAUCUUUGUGGUAAAUAUAAAAGUACAGCCGGAAGCCACUUAGCUUAGCAUAAAGACUAGAAACGGGGAAACAGCUAGCUUUUCCAUAGGUAACAAAAUCCG